AUUUUUGCACUCGACAAAUGUAGACUGCAAUUGUCGAGCAAUAUUUUAGUUUAUUAAAUUCAGUAUCGUCGAUUAAACAUGGAAAACGAGGUGGAUAUCAACGUGGACAUUAAAGAAAUAAUAUUACUAGAAAAUAUUGGACAAGGUGCAUUUAGCGAUGUCUACAGUGCAAAGUGUCCCACUAAAUUUGCAGACAAAAUAAUAGCCGUAAAAAAGCUUAGGAACUCACAAGAUUCUAGCAAAAAUCUUGAGCGAGAACUCAUUAUUUUAUCUCGUUUAAAACAUCCGAAUAUUGUCACAUUAUACGGUAUCUCUAAAGAUGAAGUAAAUAGAUUUCACAUACUCUUAGAGUAUUCAGAGUGCGGAUCUCUCUACAAUUUCUUGCAUGUAAAAAAAAAUAGUGUAUCAGACAAAAAUAAACUUUAUUGGAUGCUUCAAUGUGCCAAGGGUAUUGAGUACUUGCAUGACCAAAAUAUAGUCCAUCGAGAUCUAAAGACAGCUAAUUUAUUGCUUUAUGACGAGUUUCAAACACUGAAAUUAUGUGACUUUGGUACAGUGAGAGAAAUUGCAUCAAAUAAUACAGCAAAUACUGGAACUGCAAAUUAUAUGGCACCAGAGGUCAUGGUUAGUGGAAAAUACGACACAAAGUGCGAUGUUUAUAGUUUCGGCAUUAUUUUCUGGGAGGUACUGUCACGGAAGAAGCCUUUUUACCACUUGGGAAAUAUUACUCCUUUGACUCUUCAAAAUAAAGUCGCUAAAGGUGUACAUCCACCAUUGAGUGAUAUCCAAGGUUUAGAAAAUUUGGAUGGAAUAAAAGAGUUGAUUGAACGCUGUUGGCAUACGGAAUCAAAGGAACGACCGACAAUACAACAAGUACUUCAACAACUUGAAUCUUCUUAUGGAUAUAUUGAAUUCGAAAAGAAAAUCUGCACAGUAGAGAAUUCAAAUGACAGCAUGGAAGGAGAAGACUUGAUAUUCGAAGCUAAUUGGCAAGACAUUAUAUUAAAACAGGCUAUUGGAUCUGGCAGACUUACUAAAGUCUACAAAGCCGAUUGGAGAGCUGUAGAUGGAGAAAAGACGAUUGCGGUCAAAACAUAUAAAUACCUCAAAAAUGAAGGUCAAUACUUUGAGAGAAAGCUCAAGUACAUAUCGCGUAUAAGCCACGAUAAUAUUAUAAGAUUAUACGGCAUUAGUCAAGAUAAUAAUAAUAGAUUUGCUCUUCUAAUGGAGUAUGCGGAUUGUGGAUCACUUUAUAAUGUCCUGCAUGGAAAUGAAGGAAGUAUGGAUUACUCAUUUAUUGAAGCCUUAAAUUGGAUGCAUCAAUGUGUCAAGGCAAUGGCAUAUUUGCAUGACAGGGGUAUUAUCCAUUGUCAUCUAAAACCCACAACGAUGUUUUUUGUAAACGAUUUUCAAAGGUUAAAAAUUUGUAGCUCGAGUUAUAUGAAUGAUGAGUUCACUAUGAUGACUUCAGUAGCUGGUACUCCUCAGUAUAUGUCCCCAGAGGAGAUGAAUGGUGGUAAAAACACGGAGAAGAGCGAUGUAUAUAGCUUUGGUAUUACACUCUGGGAAGUCAUGUCAAGGAAGAAACCAUAUUUUAGUAUGGACUCACAUCUCCGAAUGGCGAUUGAAGAUGUAAAAGGAAAACGUCCUGAUCUGAAUGAUGUAAACAUUUUUACAAAUUCCGAUUCGAUAAAAGAUUUGAUCAGCAAGUGCUGGGAUUCAGAUCCCAAGAAGCGACCUUCCAUGAAAGACUUAAUUGAGUCUAUUGGCAACUUAUUACCAUCAACAUAAUUCAUAUACAGAUGUGUUCGAAACAUACAAACCAACAGGAGUCCGACCAAAAAACCACUCUUUUUGGUUGGUUUUCGGUUGGCUUACAAUUCUGGAACACCCUAAUUUUUAAGCUUAUAUGUAUAUAUAUUUACACGUACAACAAACAAUAAAUAACAAUUUAAACUCAGA